AUGCAGCACUUGGCAAGUUGCUCGGAACUGCUGAUCUUGAAGCUUGGCCUCUGCUCUAGCAUUUCUGAUGAAGGCCUUGUUUAUAUUAGUUCAAACUGUGGAAAGCUUGUGGAACUUGAUCUAUACCGUUGUAGUGCUAUUACUGAUGAUGGGCUGGCAGCUGUAGCUAGUGGCUGCAAGAAGAUCAGGAUGCUAAACUUAUGCUAUUGCACCCAAAUCACCGAUGCUGGUUUGAAGCAUGUAAGCGCUCUGGAAGAACUCACAAACCUGGAAUUGAGAUGCCUCGUGCGCAUCACGGGCAUUGGGAUCACCUCCAUCGCCAUUGGUUGCACUAGCCUGAUAGAACUGGACCUUAAACGCUGUUAUUCUGUGGAUGAUGCUGGCCUGUGGGCUCUUUCAAGAUACUCCCAGAACCUUAGACAACUUACUAUCUCCUACUGUCAAGUCACUGGCCUGGGCCUGUGCCAUCUGCUGGGCUCACUGAGGUGCCUCCAGGACGUGAAGAUGGUUCACCUCUCCUGGGUCUCCAUUGAAGGGUUUGAGAUGGCGCUGCGAGCGGCGUGUGAGAGGCUGAAGAAGCUGAAGCUGCUGGGUGGGUUGAGGUCUGUGCUCUCCACCGAGCUGCUCCAGAUGCUGCAGGCUUGUGGCUGCCGUGUCCGCUGGGUUGACAAGCCGCUCGUCUACAAGGGAUGA